GCAUUGUGAUACUCUUUUGUACAUCCUCUCUUCCGUAGGUAGCCUGUCGCAUGCAUGUUUAUUGGGUAGGUUAGUUUUUCUCUUACAACAAAUCACACACGAAAACAAGAACAUCCUACUGCAAAUUUUCUCGAAACUGCAAUGCCACCGGGUCACUUGCAAUGCCGCCAAUGCGCCCCCGGUUCCCGUGAUUCCAUUCCAUUCCAUUCGACGGCCCUCGAGUACGGUGUCCAUGCUCUUGCACGGGAACGGGACUACGGGAGGAGUACUAGUACUACAUGCUUCGUCUUGGUCAACCAAACUAGUCACAGUCUCGGGCUCGGAGCUCCAACAGAUUUCCCCCAUCCCCAUGGCAGCGGCGCGAGGCGAGCGGAGGCUCGUCGACGACCUGCGGGACUUCCUGGACGACUUCACCUUCAGGGCCAAGCGACUGGCCGCGCCGCUGCUGCACAAGUUCGGGCCCUCCUCCGAGCCGAGCGCGAUCGACGACGGCGAGCUCGACAAGCUCAGGUCCAGGCUCCGGCGCAUCCGCGCCACGCUCCGGGCCGCCGAGGACCGGGUGGUGGCCGACCACUUCGUCGCGCUGUGGCUCCGGGAGCUCCGGGACCUGGAGCACGCGGCCGAGGACGUGCUCGAGGAGCUCGAGUUCGAGGCGCUCCGCGCGGCGCGCCUCGAGGGGUUCAAGGCGCAUCUGCUCCGCACCAGCGCCAGCGCCGGCAAGCGGAAGCGCGAGCUCAGCCUGAUGUACUCCUCCUCCCCCGACCGCCUCAGCCGCAAGAUCGCCAAGAUCAUGGAGCGGUACAACGAGAUCGCGAGGGACAGGGAGGCGCUCCGGCUGAGGAGCGGCGAUGGGGAGAGGCGGCACGAGGUCAGCCCCAUGACGCCCACCAGCGGCUUGAUGAAAUGCCGGCUUCACGGAAGGGAGCGGGACAGGAGGCGCGUCGUUGAGCUGCUGUUAUCUGGAGAAGCUAACUGCUAUGAUGUCUAUUCUGUUGUUCCUAUCGUUGGGCCGGCCGGCGUUGGCAAGACUAGUUUAGCACAGCACGUCUACAAUGACGAAGGCAUCAGCUCAAACUUUGACAUUAAGAUGUGGGUAUGGGUGUGCCAGGAGUUCAAUGUCUUGGAGCUUACAAGGAAACUCACCGAAGAGGCCACGGAGUCCCCUUGUGACUUUGCCGACAUGAACCAGAUGCAUCGUGUCAUCACUAAUCAGCUGAAUGGGAAGCGGUUCUUGCUUGUUCUUGACGAUGUGUGGGAUGAGAGCCGAGAUCGCUGGGCGAGCUUGCAGGUGCCUCUGAAAUGUGCUGCUCCUGGGAGCAAAAUUAUAGUGACCACCAGAAGCACUAAAGUUGCCAAGAUGAUGGCUUUGAAGAUACACCAAUUGGGGUACUUGUCUGAUACCAGCUGCUGGUCUGUCUGCCAAGAUGCAGCCUUGCGAGGCCGUGAUCCCAGUAUUAUCGAUGACAGCCUUAUCCCCAUUGGUAAAUUGGUUGCGGCAAGGUGCAAAGGCUUGCCGAUGGCUGCAAAUGCAGCUGGUCAUGUUUUAUCCAGUGCAAUUGAAAGGAGUCAUUGGGAGGCUGUUGAGCAGAGCGAUUUUUGGAACAGUGAAGUGGUUGGGCAGACCCUUCCCGCUCUUCUUGUGAGCUACGGUAGCCUGCAUAAGCAAUUGAAACACUGUUUUUCUUAUUGCUCGCUAUUUCCAAAAGAGUAUUUGUUUAGAAAAGACAAGCUGGUCCGUCUAUGGUUGGCACAAGGCUUUAUUGAAGCAGACAAAGAAUGUCAUGCUGAAGAUGUUGCGUGCAAGUAUUUUGAUGACCUUGUGGAGAAUUUCUUUCUUCUGAGGUCACCAUACAAUGAUGAGAGGUUUGUCAUGCAUGACCUCUAUCAUGAGCUUGCUGAAUAUGUAUCAGCCAAAGAAUAUUCCAGGAUAGAGAAAUCUACAUUCAGCAAUGUAGAAGAAGAUGCUCGACACUUAUCCUUAGCUCCAAGUGACGACCACUUGAAUGAAACUGUGCAAUUCUAUGCAUUCCAUAACCAAUAUCUGAAAGAAUCUCUUACCCCUGGCCUGCGAACACUAUUGAUUGUUCAAAAGGAUGACUUCAAGCGUGAAGGAAAUACUUUGUACAUAAACUUCCCAAGUGGCCUGUUCAGGCUUCUUGGGUCUUUAAGGGCUCUCGACUUGAGUAAUACCAACAUAGAGCACCUACCACACUCUGUUGGUGAAUUGAUACACCUUAGGUACCUCAGUCUUGAAAAUACCAAAAUCAAAUGCCUACCAGAGUCAAUAAGCGCCCUCUUCAAGUUGCAUUCAUUGAAUCUCAAAUGCUGCAAUAGCCUUGGUGAAUUACCUCAGGGAAUCAAAUUCCUCACUAACCUAAGGCAUCUGGAACUGUCAUCCAUGGAUAACUGGAAUAUGUGCAUGCCAUGUGGAAUUGGUGAGUUAACAAACCUACAGACAAUGCAUGUGAUCAAGGUCGGAAGUGAUUCAGGCAGCUGUGGGAUUGCUGACUUGGUUAACUUGAAUAAGCUUAAGGGAGAGCUAUGCAUCUCAGGAAUAGAGAAUAUCACAAGUGCACAAAUUACUCCUGAAGCUAGCAUGAAGAGCAAAGUUGAAUUGCGCAAAUUGAUUUUCCACUGGUGUUGUGUCGACUCCAUGUUUUCUGAUGAUGCAUCAUCUGUUUUGGAUAGUCUUCAACCUCACUCUGAUCUAGAGGAAUUGGCUAUCAGGGGCUUUUGUGGUGUCAGAUUUCCUUUGUGGCUGGGGAAUGAGUAUAUGUUUAGCUUGUCCAUUUUAGAACUAAAAGAUUGUCUGAACUGUAAAGAACUGCCCUCUCUUGGUCGGUUACCUUGUCUCAAACAUCUUUCCAUCAAUUCGCUCACCAGCAUAAAGCAUGUGGGACGAAUGCUUCCUGGCCAUGAUGAAACUAACUGCGGUGAUCUUAGAUCCAGCAGCAGCAGAGCCUUUCCUGCAUUGGAGACACUGAAGUUCAUGAACAUGGACUCCUGGGAGCUAUGGGAUGAGAUUGAGGCCACAGACUUUUGUUGUCUUCAGCAUCUCACCAUCAUGAGAUGUAGCAAACUGAACAGGCUGCCCAAGCUCCAGGCACUGCAAAAUCUUCGUAUAAAAAAUUGUGAGAAUCUACUCAACUUGCCAAGUUUCCCAUCCCUCCAAUGUAUUAAAAUUGAGGGUUGCUGGUGUGUUAGUCAAAUAAUGCAGCUCCAAAUAUUUUCUCAUAUUGAGACAUUAGAACUCCGUUGUCACAAGAAACUUGUAUCAGUGAAAAAGAUCCAGAAUCCAGUCCUUCACAGUUUUAGAUUGAAGCAGGAAGGGCAGCUACAUAAGUUUUCAGGGUGUCAAGUAUUGCCUUUUCAGAAUUUGUCUGUUCAAGAUAGUCAGACUUGGACAUUUUUAAGGUGUGUAGGACGACUACAUGAAUGUAAUUGCAAUUUUGUUGCAUUUACGGAUCUUACAUCUGGACAAACCAAUGUACAUCAUUCUGAAGCUGAGACCUGUAAAGAUCUAUCAUUCCAUGCUGGACAGCCUGAAGACAUUGAGCUUUUAUCAUGUAAACCAGUUUGGGUUCAAAUGGAUCAGCCAGAAGAGAUUGAACUUAUUUGCAUAGACUGAUAAUGAAAUCGGCGUGAUGGACAAACAAGGGUCCUUAGGUGGUGAACUGGUGAGAUCCGGAUAAUGCAGCUCAGACCAGUAACCAACGCUUAAGUUUUUUAAUCUAAGACUCGAAUUCUGGUUAGCUGAUGUUGUAUGGCAAGUAACAUCAACCAAAGUCAACUGGUGUCGAGGUUGCUCCAUCCGGUAUUUAUCUUUUGGUAACUGUAUGUACACUCUGAUAUUUCAGCAAUACACAUACAUAUAAAUACCUGGAUGCCUGGAUCAAACAAAGUCGUAUUCGCCAAAAAAAAGGAGAGAGAGAGAGAGAGAGAGAGGGUAACUGUUUGUACACUCAAAUAUUUUGGUGAUACACAUACAUUAUCUGUUCGUUUGUCCGUACUUUUUCUGUCA